UUGCCAAAAAAUAUAAUUCGAUGUUUUUCACACAAAAGUAAACAACAUAUAUUUUGGCAAUAAGAUAAAGACCAAUAUAUAUACCCGACGAUUUUGAGUGAAAAUCAUAACGAUCCUGAUCCGGAAAGCUAAAGUUUCAUUAGCUGAAGUUAUAACCGAAAACGAAAUCAACAUGCGUUCCGUAAUCGUUUGUUUGGUGAUUGCUACCGUUGUCUCUUUGUCAGCUGUAAGUGGUGUUCCUAAUGCUGAUAUCGACAUCCAAAAUACUCCUGCAAUUCAAUAUGGCCAAGAGCAGUCAGGAGAUGGAAAUUACAACUACAGAAAUAGACUUGAUGCAUACGCUAGGCAAAAUAAUGAUGUCUACAAUAAAGGAAGAUAUGGCAUCAAUUUCAUAGGUAAUCCACUGACACAAUCGUACUACGAAAGCGCAGGAUCUGGAUAUAGAAACCUAAACAAUCAGCUCGCAGCUCAUCACGUCCAGAGUAACAGAGUUGUCAACCAAGGACCUGGCGGAAUCCGCUAUUAUAAUUCACCUGCUCAGCAAUAUGCCACCAUCAGAUCAGGAGUUGGAACUGGCAACAUCGGAAAUUCAAACAAACAGUACAAUAUUCAAGACAAUACUAUCCAGAACACUCCCUAAUAACAUUUUCUAUAGCAACGUGAGCAUGUGUUAUCAAUUGUUCAGAUAAUGAUAUUUUGAAAAUUUUUAUACUUUAAAUGUUUUCAAAAUUACAGUUUAUAAAUCCAUAUAUUUUUAAUUAUUACGAAAUUAACUAAUUGCCUAAAAUCGUAAUUUAUUUACUCGAAAAUCGGUAAUUAAGCGACCAAACAUUUUAAAAUAUUUGUACAUGCUCAAUGAAAAUUAUACAAUAAAUAAUAUACUCCAUACAA